CGCCCCUCCAGCAGGUUUGUCAGCCGUCGUUUAGUUAAAAGAAUAAGAAGUCGUACCGUCUGCGGACUGAACAUAAGAACAUAUUUAUGACAAAUAUCCUCACCUAAACGACACCGGAGCCAAGAAACAAAGAAGAUGCCUUUACCUGUGCAGGUCUUUAACUUUCAGGGGUCUGUGGAGCCGAUGCAGAUCGAUGCAGACCCUCAGGACGACCAGCAGAAUGCUCCAGACACAAACUACAUUGUGGAGAACCCUACACUGGACUUGGAGCAGUAUGCAACCAGCUACAGCGGAUUAAUGCGUAUUGAGAGGCUGCAGUUUAUUGCUGAACACUGUCCUCAGCUCAGAGUGGAAGCUCUGAAAAUGGCGCUCACCUUCGUCCAGAGAACCUUUAAUGUCGACACAUAUGAGGAAAUCCACCGCAAACUGACAGAGGCCACACGAGAAGCACAGGGUGUACCUGACACGGUGCCUGAAGGCGGGGCCGUCCCUCCCCCUCUGGACUCAGCCUGGGCCGAGUCGACCAGGAAAAAAGCUCUGCUCAAACUGGAGAAACUGGACACUGACCUGAAAAACUACAAGGGAAACUCCAUCAAAGAGAGCAUCAGGAGAGGCCAUGACGACCUGGGUGAUCACUACCUGGACUGUGGUGACCUCAGUAACGCACUUAAGUGUUAUUCCAGAGCCCGAGACUACUGCACGAGUGCUAAACACGUCAUCAACAUGUGUCUGAAUGUCAUCAAGGUCAGUGUUUACCUGCAGAACUGGUCCCAUGUGCUGAGCUACGUCAACAAAGCAGAAUCCACACCUGAGAUAGCAGAGCAAAGAGGAGAGCGAGACAGCCAAAACCAGGCAGUCCUCACCAAGUUAAAGUGUGCUGCAGGCCUGGCAGAGUUGGCCUCUCGGAAAUAUAAACCUGCUGCUAAAUGUUUCCUGCAGGCGUCUUUUGACCACUGUGACUGUCCAGAGCUUCUCUCUCCCAGUAAUGUAGCUGUGUAUGGAGGUCUGUGUGCUCUGGCCACAUUUGACAGACAAGAGCUGCAGCGUAACGUCAUCUCCAGCAGCUCUUUUAAGUUAUUCCUGGAGCUGGAGCCUCAGAUCAGAGACAUCAUCUUUAAGUUUUAUGAGUCAAAGUACGCGUCCUGUCUGAAGCUGCUGGAUGAGAUGAAGGAUAACCUUCUGUUAGACAUGUACCUCGCUCCUCACGUCAAGACCCUGUACAGCCAGAUCAGGAACAGAGCCCUCAUCCAGUAUUUCAGUCCAUACGUGUCAGCGGACAUGACAAAGAUGGCUCAGGCCUUCAACACCACAGUUGCUGCUCUGGAGGACGAACUCACUCAGCUGAUCCUGGAGGGACUAAUCAACGCCCGCAUAGACUCACACAGCAAGAUCCUGUAUGCUCGGGACGUGGACCAGAGGAGCACCACGUUUGAGAAAUCUCUGCAGAUGGGGAAAGAGUUCCAGAGACGAGCCAAAGCCAUGAUCCUCCGAGCCGCUGUGCUGAGGAACCAGAUCCACGUCAAGUCCCCCCCCAGAGAGGGCAGUCAAGAGCUGACUCCAGCCAACAGUCAGACCAGGAUGAGCACCAACAUGUGAGGAGGAGGAGGAGAAGAAGAAGAAGAAGAAGAAGAAGAAGAGGAGGAGUCUGCGGGAGGAAAACAGCUGCAGACUGAAGGAUCAGCCGUCAUUCAUCAACACAAACACCCUCAUCAUCCUCACCCUCCACCCCACCCUGUCUGUCACAACAGAACCGACACAGACCUACAGACUUUAUGUUCUUUAACGUUUUUGUCAGCUGACACUCUUUGGUUACAGUCUGAGGACGCCUGAAGAUGUGAAGAAGUUCAGCUCUUUGUUCUGUACAUGAUGGAGACUCACUCGCCUGAAAACAGGUUUUAAAUAAAAACACACCCUACCAAACACAGAA